GGGAAGCGUCAGUGCCCGAAUGUUGAAGGCGAACAAUCCGGAGAGAGAGACGAUGUACAGGACAUGAGCGAGAACUUUGUUGUGAAAGAAAUGCUUUACGGCACCGUUGCGCAAGAAUUGCGUGACAACGGUAUUGAGGAAGAGGAACCUAAUGACGACGAUGAGGAGGAGGACGAAUCGAGCAAUGACGAUGAUGGGGAGGAGGAAAGGAGUGAGAAUGCCGAUUCAGAAGACACAGACUCUAACGAUGAUGAAGGGAAGAACGAGUCGGGAAUUGAUGUCGACAUGUUCAAGAAGAGUCUAUCUGGAGAUCUUUUAGGAGAAGCGAAGAAGAUAAUAGCACAGGAGGCGAGAAGAGGAGUGUACAGCAAAUCAAGCAAGAGUGAGAAACCUCCUUACAACUUGGAAAAACGCGGCAKGAACGUACGUGUGUACAACAAGAAAGCUAACUACCACGUGAACAAGAAGAAUGUUGAAGUAGUUCUGAAGGAAGAUUGCUGCAAGGCCAACUGUUACAAGAAGUUCACAGCGGUAGAUGUUUUCUACAAGCUCGAAGAAUUUUAGGCGAUGAAACAACCUAAGCAACUCAACUUCUUUCUCGCACAGAUGAGAAUUGCGUCGUACUUUUCGGAUAAGGGAGAUUUA